AUGAAACAGUACUUCAGCGACCGGCAUCCUCGUGGAAUUCUCUUCAGCAUCCUAAGCCGUGAAUGUGACUUUGCGUGCUUCGCUUAUCCAGACACAUGCUGCAGCUGUCAUUGUAAGCGUUUGGUGUGCUUGAGAAACCCAGAGACCACCUGCCGUGUGGCUUUUGGGGUCCUGAUAAAAACCGUUCACUUCAUGAAGAGCUUACAUUCCUUCCAAAACCUGGCACUCAGGGACCGGCUCAUCCUUGUUGAGAAGCGCUGGGUGCCGCUCUUCCUCCUGAGUCUCGCUCAGGAGCAAAUCUCUUUCGAGGUGAGGGUCGUCCCUGCGGCCAGCAUCCUUAGAAACAUACUGAUGAACGGGCGGCAGAAACCAGACGACUGUCCACCCACCCUGGCAGAGGUGCACAAGCUCAAGACGUUCCUAAACAAAGUCUGGAGUCUGGAUCUGAGUCUCGAAGAGUAUUCAUGUCUCAAAAGUGCAGUACUGUUCAGCCAAGGUGAGUUUUAA